CAAACAGGAAAAAGCAAAAAUAAGAAGCUAAAGACAAAAGGGAAAAAGGGAAAGUAAAAAGAAAUCCAACCAGACCGGUCUGGAAGCCAUCCAUGUACGAGGAUGUCAUUCCGCCGCCCUGGCAUCGAGGCCACAUUACUCUCAGCUAGAGCCCGACUUCACGUCGGGUCCCCUACAAGCCAAUAAACCCACAGAUGGCCCACUCACACAUCAUCGUCAGACAUUCCGACAUGGAAGCGCUUCCGGCGUCUCUUUUUCUGCUUGGCUGGUGGCCCUCCCUUUCUUCCUUCUCCUCGAAAGGACCCACCCUCUGUAGACGCUCUCCCUACAUGGCCAGCCCAAACUGCCGCGGUGAGCGAGGUUUAGUCGAAACAACUCCUCCCCGUCGUUGACGCAGUCACUAGAGUUGCUAGUCUGAUCUGAUCUAUCCAUCUAUCCUGGGUCCGUUCACUACGUGGAACCCUAGUUUCGGGAAAGUCAGGCCCGUACUGCAUACAGUCCCGAUGGCAAGCGGAAACGUGGCCGGUGGAUGAUUGAUCAAUCGAUCUUACUGUCUCACGCCGAGAUGUAUAGACGGACAUGGAAUGAUGUGGCAAACCGUGUUCGCAUGGUCGUAGUGUUUUGUGUGGCUAUUCCCAUAGGGUUCAUCCAUGUACAUACGUCCAACUGUGCUGGGCUCGGAUAAAAGACCAAGGAAGAAACAUGCACCCG